AUGGUAUCUGGAACUUGUGCAUCACUUCCCAGGUAUUUACAGCAGGAAGAAAUCCUCGAACAAGAAUGUAAAACCUUAAUCUCCUCUCUACCCAAAGAAAAUGGAUGGGUUGCCUCUCAUCUGUACAAAUACCAAGGUUUUUGGAAUCCACCGAGGCACCUUCAAGGGAUCAUGACCUGUCAAGAACAUUUCGAGGCUCGCGAUUCUGAUGUUUUCCUUGUUACAACUCCGAAAUCUGGGACUACCUGGCUGAAGGCAAUAAUGUUUACCUUAAUGAAUCGAACGCAAUAUCCCAUUACUCAAGAACACCCUUUACUCUGCAAAAAUCCACAUGACCUUGUGCCAUUCUUGGAACUUAAACUCUACGUUGAUAAUCAAAUCCCUGAUCUUUCCUCCCUUAAUUCUCCCAGGCUGUUUGCAACCCAUAUACCGAUUUUUUCCCUUCCGAAAUUGGUGCGAGAUUCUUCAUGCAAGCUUGUUUAUCUAUGUAGGAACCCGAAGGACAUUUUUGUGUCCCUUUGGCAAUUCACUAACAAGUUAAGGCUUCAAGAAAUGGGAAGUAACUCACUUGGAGACAUCUUCGAUAUGUUCUGUAGAGGAGUCUCUAUUUACGGACCUUUUUGGGACCAUGUGUUAGAUUAUUGGAAAGAAAGCAUAGAGAAGCCACAUAAGGUACUCUUCUUGAAGUACGAGAAUAUGAAAGAACGCCCAACGGAUAAUCUAAGAUGCAUUGCUGAGUUCUUGGGGUGUCCAUUUUCCAAUGAGGAAGAAGAAUCAGGAAUGGCUGAACAAAUCUUAAAGCUAUGCAGUUUCGAUACUUUGAGUAACCUGGAAAUCAACAGGACUGGGAAGCUGUCAUCUGGUGAGGAAAACAAAGCAUUUUUCCGUCGAGGCGAGGUUGGAGAUUGGAAGAAUCAUCUGCCAGCCGAGAUGGCUCAGAAGUUGGAUCAGAUUACCGAACAAAAGUUCAGUGGAUCGGGAUUAGAAUUGUGA